AUGAUAUUUACAAAAACUCCAAAAUCGAUGCUUCAGAUUGAAUACGAAUGCCUUACCGGAUGGAAGCUUGUUGGGGAUGGUCGUAGGCGAUGCCAGCAAGAUGGAACUUGGAGCGGGACUGCUCCCACAUGCAAAGUGGUUGACUGUGAGGAUCCACCCGUUAUCCCUAACGGUAUUGUCGCAGCUACCAAAACCACAUUCGGAUCUCUAGCUAACUAUUCGUGUCAGGAAGGAUACCGAUUAAUUGGGCACGCUUUCGUAACGUGUGGUACGAAAGGGAUAUGGGAACCAGCAAUACCAGUUUGCUACGGUAGGUUGAGUCCAGAAAUCAGCAUUCUAUGA